AUGAGUAAUGGAGAUAGGGAGGUCUACUCCUGUGAUUUGAAGCUUGUUCUUCUCGGCGAAUCGUCAGUGGGAAAAUCAUCGAUAGUGAUGAGAUAUACGAUAGGGACGUUUCAAAAGUGCAAUGCAACAAUUGGGGCGGCUUAUACGACUAAAGCCAUUGAAAAGGAAGGGGAUAAUGGGACUUUGAAAAGAGUCAAUUUGGAGAUUUGGGACACUGCAGGGCAGGAAAGGUACAGGUCACUAGCACCAAUGUACUACAGAAACACAGAUGUGGCACUUAUAGUCUUUGAUUUAACGAAACCAGAAAGUCUGCGAAAGGCCAACAGUUGGAUUGAGGAGCUACAAUCAUACGUAGAACAGGACAGGAGAGAUGAUAUAUGCAUAAUUCUGGUCGGUAAUAAAAAUGACAUAGAACAUGAAGAAUUUCAAAUGAAUAAAAAUAUUGUAAAGGUUAGCGCACUCACAGGGGAGGGCAUAAAUGAAUUAUUCGAAAGCAUAAUUGAUAGAAUACCGGCAGAAAAAUAUAACAAGUGUGUGAAUUCGAAGAACAACAAUGGCAUCAAAUUGGAUCAAUCUAAAAAUGAAACUAAUAGUAGCGGCUGUAAUUGUUAA